CAGACGUCAGCUGGUUGCAUCAUGGCUUUUAUUUUGAUCAUAGAGACCGGUUUCUCAGCGGAGUGGCCCGCAAUGCGUACAUGGUAUUGAAGCAAUCCAAAUUGUCAAGGGGUUCUCAGUAUGGCGAAGAGAGGCAGACCAAAAGGUAGUAGAAAUAUCUUGAAGAAACCACUUUCCUCCUCCGAGAAGAUUCCGUAGCACGCACUCCUCAUUCACUUAUUUUCAUUCAAGAAACAACAUUUUCACUCUCUCAGACAUGAAUUCUCUCCUCACAGGUGCUGUCACGCUCGCCUGCACUUCGCUUGUUUCAGCGUCACGCAUCCAAACAGGCAAUGAUUCAACGAGUCUUCCGAUCGUAGACCUGGACUACGAGCUCCACCAAGCUCUCAAUUUCGACACCUCAAGUCAAGCAUACAACUUUUCCAACAUUCGAUACGGAGCCCCGCCAAUUGGCGAUCUUCGAUUCGCCGCGCCGGUACCUCCUACAACAGAUAGGUCUGUUGUGCAGAAGGGUGAAGAGGCCCGGAUCUGCCCUCAGGCCCUGCCAGACUGGACACCGGGUCUUCUCGAGCAAGCGUACCAGUACGUACUCGGCCCUAACAUCUCAUUAUCUGGCGGCCAGCUCCUCGACUCAAGAGCCAGCGAAGACUGUCUGUUUCUGGACGUGGUGGUGCCAAAGAAGAUUUUCGAUGCAACCAAAUCAAACGAGACUGCUACUAAAGCACCCGUCCUUGUUUGGAUCUACGGCGGUGGAUACGACACUGGCUCCAAGGCUGGGCUUAACAGUGGCUCGCCUGCAGGCCUUUUGAGGCAAGGCAAUCAUGAUUUCGUCUAUGUGGCUCUCAACUACCGCCUCGGUGCCUUUGGAUUCCUUAGCGGUCCCGAAUUCACAACUCAAGGAGGCGUUACCAACGCAGGACUUCUUGAUCAGAGACUUGCACUGGAGUGGAUUCAACAAAAUAUUCAUCUUUUCGGCGGGGAUGCGGCACGCGUGACUCUUGCAGGAGAAUCCGCUGGAGGAGGUUCGCUUGUCUAUCAGACAACUGCUUUCGGGGGCUCUCAAGGCUCUGUUCCGUUCCAACAGAUUAUCCCACAGUCCCCAGCGAUCCUCCCAUCCCCCCCAGCCCAAAGCCAGAACAACAUCUUUGCGGAGUUUCUAUCCCGUUUGAACGUCAGCACCCUUGCCGAGGCCAUGCAGCUUCCUUCCUCGGCGGUUAUCGCAGCCAAUUACGAUCAGGUCUUUGCCGGCCGCUUGGGAAGUUUCACAUUUAGUCCCGUAGUCGACGGCGCCUUUGUCCCCGCUGAGCCCGCGAUGUUGAUAUCGGAGGGCAAAUUUGAUACCAAAGUCAACGUCAUGGCCGGCUCAAACACCAAUGACGGUCUCUUCUUCGGUUCCUUCAACAUCAUAGACGACGCCGGCUACCGCGAAUGGAUGUCUUCUAUCCUCCUAGGCGCCAGCGCCGACUCGAUCGAUUACAUGGCAACGGACUUGUACCCACCCAUUCUCAACGGCUCUUAUGGAUACACGGAUCACAUCUCCCGUACUGCACUCACCAUGCAAGACCUCCUUUUCCGGUGCAAUGGUCUUGCUCUUGCUAGAGCAUUGAAUGGCACGACUCAUCAGUAUGAAUUUGGCGUCUUCCCUGCCAUGCAUGCCGAGGAUGUUGCAUACACGUUUUCCGAUGACGGAGCUGGCAUGUCUAGCCCAGAGACUGCCAUCGCUCUGCAGCGAUACAUGGCCAGCUUCGCUCUGAGCGGAAAUCCUCAUGGACAUGGGGUUAUGGAGUUCCCCAUGUACGAAAGAGAUGAGAACGUCUUGCUCAUGAACGCCACCGGCCAGUAUGUCAGCCAUUAUGAUAGCUUAACGACCGACCGUUGCAUCGGCCGUGACAGGGUGAUUGCGUCUCUCGCAGUUUAG